CACAGCCGUAGGCGCGCGCUGCGCUCGGGUAUAUAAUGGGCCCGGGACCCAUCAGACGGCACUCUCUCAGUCGCUCCGACUCGGGAACCAGAGCAUCAGCGGAGAUAGCAGAGAAUCAGUCUCUAAACUCCUCAGGCUAACUCGCUCUCGGCUUUGGUUCGGAAUGGAAACAUCAACUUUUACGCGGAGCCAACGCAGCUCCUUUGCGCACAACUUUAAGAGCGCGCUCUCGCUCUGGCUGGUUGUCUGGCUGGUCGUGGUAAAGCCGGUGCCUGCGCAGAACUGCCCGCACCGGUGUGUGUGUUAUCCGACCCCAAUGACGGUGAGCUGCCAGGCGCAGAACUUUACCAUUGUGCCCCACGGCAUGCCCUACGAAUCCCAGCGCGUUUUUCUGCAGAACAACCGCAUUACUGAACUGAGAGUGGGCUCUUUUGCUUUUGGCACACAGGUUUUGUGGCUCUUCUCCAACAACAUCACUUGGAUUGAGGCCGGUGCAUUCAGUGAGCUGCGCGAUCUGGAGGAGCUCGAUCUAGGUGACAACCCAAACCUGCACCGCCUUGAGGGUGGAGCUUUCCGGGGUCUAGAGAAGCUCCAGAGCCUGCACAUGCACCGCUGCAAACUGGCUGCCCUUCCCCACGACAUCUUUCACAAGCUCUACAGCCUGCAGUUCCUCUACCUGCAGGAGAACCAGCUCCACUUCAUCCAGGAUGAUCUCUUCGCCGACCUGAUCAACCUCAGCCAGCUCUUCCUGCAUGGCAACCGCAUCCGCACCCUGUCCGAAAAUGUGUUUCGUGGCCUGGUCAACCUCGAUCGUCUGCUCCUGCAUGACAACAGGGUCCGUCAGGUCAACCGCCGCGCCUUUCGGGACCUGGGCCGGCUGACCAUGCUUUUCCUCUUCAACAACUCUCUGGCGGAGCUGCCCGGUCAGGCCAUGCGUGACGUCUCCUCCAUUGAGUUCCUCCGGCUGAACAACAACCCCUGGGCGUGUGGCUGUGAGGCUCGCCCCCUGUGGGAGUUCUUCAGAGGUGCCCGUCUGUCCAGCUCCGAGGUUCUGUGCGCUUCCCCAGCUUCUCGCCGUGGACAGGACCUGCGCUUCCUGAGGGAGAUGGACUUCGCCCUGUGCCCCCUUCCCGACCCUGGCUCCCUGGCUGGCACCACCACCACCACCUUCAGCACCAAGACCCGCUGGUGGUUCUCCAAAAACAAGCCUGUCAGCACCUCCAAAGGCAUCUUUGAGAAGAGCUCUGAGACCAAGGCACAUCCUUACACUGGAGGAAAAUCUUCAGUCACAUCUACAUCCACAAAAUAUGAGCUCGGGGAGGAAGAAGCUUUGCUUCCCAAACUCGACCCAGAAGAGUAUUGGGCCAACUAUGGCAAUGAAGAUGCAGGCAUCACGUCCCUGCGCUGCUUUGAGCUUGAGUGCCCUCCAGAAUUCGACUCUCUGCCACCAUCUUCCUCUUCUUCUCGCUCUUCGUCUUCAGCACUCUUGCUACUCUCCAUGUCUGUUUUGACUGUCUGCAUCCAUCUUCUCUUUGGCUGAAUCUGUCCUUCUCAGAUGAACCCUUCUCCCUAGCAUUUUUUCUCCUCUCUGGAGGAGGGAAAACCCCGUUUGCUCGGUUUAACUCUUGAAUGCCUUGAUUCCUGUUUACCACAUGCCUCACCUGUAUCUUUGUUCUGUUCAGUUUGAGCCUCUAGUUUCUGGUAUCUAGAGGGCACUACACUGAUUUAGGAUACAGUGGGUAAGCAGGGAACGUCGGGCAGUACAGGCCCUAAUGGAAAGUUAUGAAAGCUGUUUACAGGGCUUGGUUAGGUUAGGCAGAUACUCGGUCCUUCUUAUUUGAGGACAAGUGUAUUCUGAGCCAUCUCUGUCGGUCAGUGCAGACAGAGGAUAGACAUUUCCAUCUUAGGUUUACGUACAAUAUUUGUAUGCUUUUAGACUUUUUCAGCCACUCUAAGUGCUUCUAUGAUAGUUGUAAUUAUAGCUUGUGAUGUCACCAUGACACCCUCUUUCCAACACUCAACAGCUCCAUUUUACAGUAGUUACUGGGAACAAUAGCAUAAUGAGCAAAUCUUUAGUUCCCUUCAGAGCGAUCGAAUGUAAUAUUCCAUCUAUUAGGACAUAAGUGUCUCCAAAUCAGUCAAAGCACGAGAAACACAAAAGAAACGGUGUGCAACAGCAAGGCAAGAAAAAGAGACAGAACAAUGAAGUGAUGGGUUGGAAAGUGUUGCAAUUUCAAAAUAAGAUGAACAGGGAAAGAUAACGCACGAGCAGGACAGAGAGUACGCACAAGAGAAGGCGAAAGAUUACAUCACCAACCAGCUAUGACAGCAAUUAUCACUCGUGUAAAUAUGACAUCUUGGCAGAGGGAGCUGUAAAUAGCGCUAUGAAAGGGCCUUAUGUUUGUCACUGUUCUGAAUGGCCAAGAAUGUCACUGUGAGUAACGUCUGUGGUAAUUCUACGGUCAGUGCAUGGAAAGAUCAUUCAAUGGUGUGAGAGUGUGAGAAUGUACUUUUUUGUAUCCUUGUCAAAGUACUGUUAACAUGUUCUGUCAAUACUGUAAAAUACAGUACCAACAUUGUACUAAGAGUUUUCUUCUUUUGUUCUUCUUCUUUUCAAAAUCAAAGUGUAACCAAUUGUAUCAGAACAAUAGCACAAUCCAUCCUUUCUCAUUUAAGGUAUUGAUUUCAAAAUCUAACGGUUGUCCAAACUCAGUCCUCGAGGGCUGGUAUCCUGCAUAGUUUAGCUCCAACUUACUUCAACACACCUGCCUGCUCUAGUAUACCUAGAAUGAGCUUGAUUGGCUGAUUCGGUGUUUAAUUGGGCUUGGAACUAAAAUAUGUAGGACACCGGCCUUUCAGGACUGAGUUUGGGCACCCCCGAACUAGAUGGUCAACACUUUGCUCCUUGUAACAACAGAAUUGGCAAAGUGUAAAAUAAGGACUUAUUUCCCAAGGCAAGGCAAUAUAUGGAGCAAGCUGGACUACCAGUGCAAAGCUGAUUAGAAAAUCAGUAAAUUGUGCUUACUGACAGAUUGGUUGACAUUCAUAAUAAUUUCUACCAUUGGUCACAAAUGUGUGAAGAACAGGUGCAAACAUAGACUGCCUGGGUUGCUCUUUGUGGGCAUUCUGAAGGAAAUGGCUUUGCCUAUUCCCUUUCCUCCUCUUUCCAAACUGCAAUAACAAAUCAAAAUGCUUUAGGGAAAACUAACACAAACAGCAAGGACAAGAGAAGAGUGAAAAGGAGAGAAAGAGAAAAAGUACAGAAUGCAGGGGCGGUUGUGGGCGGUUUAGCCAAAGAUGUGGAUGAUAAAGGAUGGACAUGCUGAUAGAAUGAGAAAUGCAAGUUCCUUAAAGACAAUAUUUAAUGAUCUGAAAGAUAUCAUGAUCCACUGUUAAUUCUAGCAAUAUCCUGUUUUAUGUUUACCCUGAAAAGCAAAUACUGUUCCUUUUGUCCCACGGACGACACAUUUCUGUCUUAUAAUUGUUCGUGUGAUGACGUGUGAAUGUAUAUCUCAGCCAAACGGGUAACGGGUCAAACUGCCUUGAGGUGCUCUCGAGCGACCAUGUUUGUGAGGUUGCUCAUAGAUGACCAAAGCAUUAGUUAUACCUUUCUACCCAGAAUGUAUGCAUUUGAAUGUACGAUUUUGAAGGGAUGAGCUGUUGAAUCUUUUCACUUACUCCACAAAGUGACGGACAGAUAGCAUGACAAAAGAAUAAAUGCUUAUCUGUGGAUUAUGAAA